AUGCCUCCCUCAGCGCAGCAAACGCGCAAGCGUAAACGAAGCCCCAAACACCUAACCUCCAGCGCUAACGCCCCCACUACAUCCUCGGUUCUAGAACACCCCUCCCUCCGCAUAACACCAACCCACAUCUUUUUCCACGGCGGCAUCCUCUCUAACUGGCAUCCCAGCCUAUCGCCAUUCCAUGGUAAAAGAGGACUAGAGAUCUGUCUCCCCCUCCUCGACGAACUAGGCAUCGCACACCCAUCACCAGAAUGCUAUUCCACACUCUUGAUCCAUGAGUUCGGCUUCGGACGCGGAGAGCAAUGGAUGAUGGCCAUGAAGGCGUGGUUAUUCGAAUGUGAGACGGAAGAAAGCGGGCUGAAGCUGUUCCAAAGGGUGGGGAAGGCGUCUGACCAAGAGUUCCAACGGUUCCAGAGGGAUGUCCUUUCCCCAUCUGUACCUGCACCUUCCUCUUCAUUCUCUGGAAGAUAA